AUGGAAAGCACGGACUCGUCGGCCGAGCCCCCCAAACCUCACCUACCGCCGGGCUUCCGAUUCCACCCGACCGACGAGGAGCUCGUCGUUCACUACCUCAAGAAGAAGGCGGCCGCCGCCCCUCUUCCGGUGGCCAUUAUUGCCGAGGCGAUAUUCGGAGAGCAAGAGUGGUACUUCUUCAGCCCAAGGGACCGGAAGUACCCGAACGGGGCCCGGCCCAAUCGGGCUGCCACAUCGGGCUAUUGGAAGGCCACGGGCACCGACAAGCCCGUCCUGACGGCUGGCGGGACCCAAAAGGUUGGCGUCAAGAAGGCCCUGGUUUUUUACGGUGGCAAGCCGCCCAAAGGCAUCAAGACCAAUUGGAUCAUGCAUGAGUACAGGCUAGCGGACCACAAGGCCCAAACAAAUAGGCCCCCUGGCUAUGGGGGCGCCAAAAAGGGCUCGCUAAGGUUGGAUGAUUGGGUUUUGUGCCGGAUAUACAAGAAGAACAACACGGCACAGAGGCCAUUGGAUCACGAGACGAGCGAUGUGGUGGGUCUCGGUUCAAUCCCGGGUCUCAAGCUGCCGACAAACUACGGCCCGUUUGUAGAAAUCGAGCACGAUUUCUACGAUCAACGACAAGAAGGGAUGAUGGGCAAUGAAGCCAACGCCCAUUUGUGCUCGUCGGGCGCAAAGGCACAACCGCCACCUUUGCAAUUCCCCUUCAUGUCCGCCGACCCCACCUCCCUAGCCGGCAAGCGGACGGUGCAUAGUUUGUAUUGGGAAGGGGACGAAAAUGGGAACUCGAUUUCUCCACGGACAAAGAGGCUAAUUACCGCGGAAAAUUGCGCGAACGGUCCAAUGGUCGACAUUCUAAGUCAACUCCCUCAAGGCCCUAGUUUGCCGUCACAAGUGGUGAUCGAGAAUAAUAUUGGGGACGGGGUCCUUCGCCAGCCUUACCAAGUUUCGGGCAUGAAUUGGUACAACUGA